AUGGCCGAUAUCUUGUACCAAUCCCUCCUAAUCUCGGCCGUCGCCGUGGUGCUACUCCACAUCCUUAGGCUCUCUCUGCAGCCCAAGGUGAGGAACCCGCCAGGUCCAUGGAAGCUGCGGGUCAUCGGCAGCAUGCACCACCUCGUGAAUGUGCUCCCGCACCGUGCCCUCAGGGCUCUCGCCAGCAUACACGGCCCACUCAUGAUGCUCCAGCUCGGGGAGACCCCUCUCGUCGUCGUGUCGUCAAGGGAGAUGGCCCGCGAGGUGCUCAGGACGCACGACGCCAACUUCGCCACCCGCCCCAGGCUCCUCACCGGUGAGCUGCUGGUCUACGGACACUCUGACAUCGUCUUUUCGCCAUCUGGCACGUACUGGCGCAAGCUCCGGCAGCUCUGCGCCGCCGAAAUACUGAGCCCGAGUCGUGUUCGUUCUAUCCACCAUAUUAGGGAGCAAGAGACGAGGAGUCACGUGGAAAACAUUCAUGCGGCCGGGCCAUCAACGCAGGUGGACGUCACCAUGACUUUCUUCGAACUAACGAGUAGUAUCGUCUCCCGCGCAUCCUUCGGGAACAAGCACAGAAACGUCCAGGAGUUCCUGUCGGCGAUAAAGUCCGGGGGCGCACUGGCCGGCGGUUUCAAAAUCCCCGAUCUCUUCCCAACAUGGCGGUCCGUGCUCGCUAUGGUGACCGACAUGCGCCGCACCCUGGAGGAUGUGCACAGGACGUUGGACUCCACCCUGGAGGAGGUCAUACAAGAGAGGCAAGGUGUUCGAGACAGGGUUGGAUCCAGUUCAUGGGCCUCGGCCGUCGAGGAGAACCUGGUCGACGUUCUCAUGGGACUGCAAGAGAAAGGUGGCAUCGGUUUCCACCUAAAUAGAAACAACAUAAAGGGUGUCAUACUUGACUUGUUCGUGGCUGGAACUGGCACAUUGACGUCAUCACUAGAUUGGGGCAUGUCUGAGUUGGUGCGGAACCCAAGGGUGAUGGACAAGCUACAGUGCAAGAUUCGGGAGGCGUUCCGUGGCAAGGCGGCCAUUAGUGAGGGUGACAUCGAGGCAAGGGACCUCCCCCAUUUGAAGCUUGUGGUCAAGGAGAACAUCCGGCUGCACCCGUCAGUGCCACUCCUGGUGCCCCGGGAGAGCGUGGACCCUUGUCAGGUCAACGGAUACAUGAUUCCCGCCGGUUCGCGCGUCGUUGUAAAUGUGUGGGCUAUUGGGAGAGAUCCAAGGUAUUGGGAGGAUGUCGAGGAAUUCAAGCCCGAGCGGUUUGAGGACAGCUCCCUCGAUUUCAUGGGGAGCAACUAUGAGUUUCUACCAUUCGGGUCCGGCCGGAGGAUGUGCCCCGGCAUUUCCUACGGGCUCGCCGUCUUGCAAAUGGCCUUCGUUCAGCUCUGCUACCACUUCAACUGGUCCCUGCCUGAGGGCAUCUCCGAGGUUGACAUGACAGAGGGGGGUGGCCUCGGUCUGCGCCGCAAGUCGCCACUGCGGCUCUGUGCCACGCCAUUCAUCCCUGAGUCAAUGUCUGCAGUAUAA